AGUUAACGUUAUAUCGCCGAACAGUAAACAUGUAUCUGCCCGAAAGAACAGAACAUCAAAAAAUUGAGAGACUAUAUGACAGCAACAGGGUCAACGCUGAACCAGGUCAAGGCCUUGAUUUAAAUGAAAAACUAAAGCCGCCAGCCGUGUACAUUCUGAAUCAUGAGCAGUUCCCUCAGGAUUCUCAAUUGAACAGAAAGGGUAGCUCAAAUGAUGUCAAUGCUCUUCGCAAAACAUUCGAAAGCCUAAAAUGUCGAGUUGAAGUUAUUUCUAACCCAGCGUUGCCGGACGUUAAAAACAAAGUGAAGGAGUGGUCUGCAAAACGAUUCACCCAGGACGCUGGAUUUGUCCUCUUUAUCUUGAGCCAUGGCGACCGAAAAGAGAAAAUCUUGGCAUGCGACCACAGGGAAUACCACUUGGACGAUGACGUCCUUUUUCCCCUCUUUAGAAAUCCAACCUUAUCUGGCAAGCCAAAAAUUUUAAUUGUUCAAGCCUGCAAGGGUCCGUUGAGAGCUGACGCGAAAAAAAUGAACAACGAACCCUAUAUUAAGUGUUACAGCUGCUCCGAGGGCUAUUUGAGCUAUCGCAAUGAAAAUCAUGGUUCGGUUUUCAUACAAACCUUGUGCGAGGCAAUGGACCAAUAUGGCCUUACCAGGGACUUUCAGUCGAUCUUUAAGCAUGUUAAGGCUGAGGUCGAACGAAGGUCAACUAUGACAGGUUCGAAACAAGUUCCUUCUGAGGAGUCGCACAACUUCGACAAACCCUUUUAUUUUGGAAAUUAUGCUAAAAACACUUAAUGAGUUGAGUUAUAUAUUAAAGAAUUUCUUUAAAAUAUAUUUAAGAUACUUUCUGGUCAGAGUAAAGUUAAAUGACAGAUUCAACUGAUCCAUAUAUUUACUUUCACUUUGUCAAACUGUAAUUUACUGUGUUGAUAUCUUAUCUUUAAAUAAAUCAAUCGAAGCGGAACCCGGAGAUAAUGUUAAGUGUUCAAGGAAGUGGGUAAGCAAGUGGGUAGGCAUUAUAACGCGCUUACCUAUUUAUCAAACUUUAUUUACCAAUAUACAAAAUAUAUCUGUGGACGGCAGUCAACUUAGUGACGAAGCGCACCUGGAAUUUACAAAGCUCUGACAUGGUUGAUUGUAAAAAGUACUGUACAAUAGAUUUUUUUUUAUAAUAUUUUUAAUUUCGAAUCCGAUUUGCUAGGGAUAAUCUCAAUUUUAUUUGAGUUCACCAAAAAAUCAUGAAUGAAUUUUACAAUUAACUUAAAUACUAUUGAGAUCAUAAGCACCUAGAAAAACAGAUAGCACAAUCCAGACCCACAAGGCAAUUUUAUUCUUUCUGCGUAAGCUGUUAAACUUCCAGGACGUCUUCGGGAUCUCUGACUUCGACAUAAUACGAGUAGACGACAAUCCAGAAGUAGAUACCACAGCCUGAAAAGGAUGUUCUUUAAGGAUGCAGUAACUCACAAAAAUAACAACUUACAUAUAUAUAUUGCAGAUCCUGGGACUAUUAUCUCGCGGUACCGCUCCUCCUUAAUCAGCAUGUAGAUGCAGUACACAAACAGGAUCAUACAGUUGGUCAGGCUAGUGAUCAGGAAGAACAUCAGGAGAACAGUUGAUCUCUAUAGUGGUUUAGCUUGGAGAUGGGAUCGGCUGCAGUGGGUGCCAAACAGUGGCUGCACUUACGAUUAAAGCUCCGCCCAGCAGGAAUGUGCAGCCGAUACAAUGGCAGAUUGCCACCGCUUGCUCAAUGUGUGCGAUGAACUCCUCUAGAUGAAGGUGGGAUGCAUUACCAGGGUGAUCAUUUAAAUGGAUCUGCCAGCCCCAAACUUACGACCCGCCAAGUUAAGCACCACUAAGUUAAUGAUGAAGUCCACGAUGGCUAUGAUGAUGCAGGCUCUGCGCAAUUUAAUGCAGAAACAGCAUUUUUUCACCAUUUUACAAUUUUUAUCUAGACAACUCCAUAAACUGAUUAGAAAAGCAGAGCUACUGUCAGAGAACCACAGUUUAUAUUACAACUAGUACUGUU